AUGGAUAUCGCAACUCUGGCCAAUAUUAUCAAUCCAACUACACUUUCUGAUUUUCGAGCACAAGUCUUAUGGGCACUAAUUGCUGGCAUCAUAUUAGCCUUUAUUCUUGGCUUUGCAAUGGGCGCAAAUGAUGUUGCCAAUGCCUUCGGUACCUCAGUAGGUAGCAAGGUACUUACCCUUAAGCAGGCAUAUAUUUUGGCAGUCAUAUUUGAAAGCCUUGGGGCUUUACUAGUGGGGUAUAACGUGACCGAUACGGUUCGUAAAUCAGUUGUCAACAUUGAGCUGUACAAUAAUACGCCUAAAGAUUUGCUUGUUGGUCAGGUUGCCAUACUUGGAGGCUGUUCCACUUGGCUUCUAAUAGCAACUUUUGCUCAUAUGCCUGUAUCGACAACGCAUAGUAUAGUUGGUUCAACAUUAGGUUUUGGAUUGGUCAUGAAAGGCAAUCACGGUAUACACUGGCGAAAAAUCAUAGAGAUAGUUUCAUCUUGGUUCAUUUCACCGAUUUUUUCUGGUUUCGUAUCCUGUGUUUUAUAUAUUAUAGUAGAUUUUGCCGUAUUACGGCGGAAAAAUCCAUUUCGUUGCGGCCUUACUGCUUUACCUAUUUUUUAUUGGUUUUGCUUUGCGUUCAACGUAUUUGUGGUCAGUUAUCAAGGAUCAAAAAUAGUGCAUUUGCCAAGCUUAUCGUUAUGGAUAUCCGUUGGCCUUAGCGUUGGUUUAGCUACAUUUGGCUCGUUGCUCAUAUAUUUUAUACUCAUUCCACGUUUAAAAACCAAUAUUGCUGUUAUCAAAUCGCUGAUACAAUUUUUACUUCCGAAACGUAACGGUGAGCCAGAUGUGAACACACUGAAAAUUUUCAGUUCAAUUCAGGCGUUUACAGCUUGUUUUGCUGGCUUCGCGCAUGGUGCUAAUGAUGUGAGCAAUUCGAUCGCGCCGCUUGCGGCUUUACUAUUCAUAUACAGAACAAUGGAAACUAACCAAAAGGAAGAAACACCGAUCUAUGUUCUUAUAUUUGGUGUAGUAUCUAUUUGUUCAGGUCUUAUCAUUCUUGGGCAUCGCGUUAUACAGACAGUUGGUACAAGAAUGUCAACAAUAAAUCCUGCUAGCGGAUUCUCGAUAGAAUUUGGUGCCGCAGUGACUACUCUGGUAGCAAGUAAAAUUGGUUUGCCGAUUAGUACUACGCAUGCUUUGGUUGGCAGUGUUGUUGCUGUUGGUUCGAUUAGAUCGAAUGAAGGCGUUAAAUGGAAAAUCUUUCGUGAUGUCGCUUUAUCCUGGGUUGUCACCCUUCCUAUAUCAGGCAUAUUUGAUUUUACAAAAGCUUGA